AUGCCAGGCCAGUUACCUCCCUGGUGGAAGGUGCCGGUGACGUUCGAGGAUGUGGCGGUUUACUUCUCCCCGGAGGAGUGGGCAGAGCUGGCGGGCUGGCAGCAGGAGCUGUACCGUGACGUGAUGAUGGAGAACUAUGAGCUGGUGGCCUCACUGGGUUGGCCAUCUGUCAAACCGGAGAUCAUCUGUAAGAUAGAGCAGGAGGAAGAGCCGUGUGUCAGAGACCCUGCGGACCCCAGUGUGCCGGGGAAGCCCCGACACUCCUGGUCUGAUGAUGUGUUUCAGGUUAAGAAGGAGGAAGAGGAGCGUGCAGAGACCCAGGAGUCCCCUGCUGCUCUCUCGGGAAAAUCCGAAGGAUGCGUGGACUCGCAGGGCACAAAGACGCAGGGCAGCGCGGCUCAAAGCAAGACCCUCGAUAAGCCACGCAGCCAGGGGGGCAGUGCGCCGAGCCAGCCUUCAGCAACCCCUCACCCCAGGGUCUCACUCAAGAAGAAGCCGCCCACAUGCCCCGAGUGCGACAAGAGCUUCAAGAGCAACACGGCUCUGACCAUCCACGAGAGGAGCCACACAGGGGAGCGUCCCUACAAGUGCCCCACAUGUGCAAAGGGCUUCCCUUCCAAGGGGGACCUCAAGCGCCACCAAAAAACCCACAUGGGGAGGAAGGACACAGCCCCCGGGAGCGGAAGAAGCCAGCCCCAGAAGCUGCAGAUGCGGCCCCUGCGAAGUCCCCCAGCACCCAAGCGGCCGCACCUCUGUGCCCAGUGUGGAAAAGGCUUUAACAAGAGCCGGGACUUGCGGAAGCACCAGCGGACGCACACGCCGGCCCGCCCCUUCGCCUGCCCGGACUGCGGCAGCACCUUUCGCCUGAAGCAGAUCCUGGUGUCCCACCAGAAGGUGCACCGCGGGGAGAAGCCCUUCCCGUGCCCAGCGUGCGGGAAGCACUUCGGCCAGAAGCACCACUUGCUGAGCCAUCAGCGUGUGCACACGGGCGAGAAGCCCUUCCCCUGCCCGGCUUGCGGGCAGCGCUUCAGCCAGAAGCACCACCUGGUCAGCCAUCAGCGCAUCCACACCGGCGAGCGCCCCUACCCCUGCGCCCACUGCGGCAAGAGCUUCAAGGACAAGAAGACGCUCGUCAUCCACCAGCGCGUCCACACGGGUGAGAGGCCCUACCGCUGCGGGGAGUGCGGCAAGACCUGCAGCCAGAAGCAGCACCUUAAAAGCCACCAGCGGGUCCAUCGGGGCACGCGGCUGCUGGGUGGGGAUGAGAUGGGCGCAGCGGCACCAUGCGCCCAGCGCACCCGGGCUGAGGAGAAGCCCUUUCAGUGCGUGGUGUGCGAGAAGCGGUUUCGGGAUGAGCGGAUCAUGCUGGCACACCAGAGGACGCAUGCCGAUCAGGUCGCCGGCCAGGCCCCGCGGCUUGCCGCCCAUCCAUCUCCCACAGCAGAUCAGCCGCACUCGGCCAGUGGAGGGGCCGCGAGCCAGAAGCCUGACCUUGCAGCCCUGCCGGGGUCCCAGGGCGGACGGCGACCUUUUGCCUGCCCUGAAUGCAAGAAGCGGUUCACGCAGAACAAGUACCUUCAGCUGCAUCAGAGGAGCCACACGUGAGCCUGGGGUGUCACCUCUGAAUACAGCAAGCCUGGGAAUCGCACUGCACUGAGGACCCACAGCAAGGCCCCUGCACUCGGGGCACGUGACAGCAUCCAGCUGUCUCUCUCUGGGAGGAACAGAUCCCUGGUGUGAUGGCCCCGCUGGCCUGGGGUCUGCUGUGAGACCUUGCUGACGUCUCGGCCUCCUCUCUGGGCCCUGAGUGUCCCACGGAUAUUUGCCCAGCCUCCUUGCUCUGUUGGCUGCUUCGGAAAUACCCUACAAAAUAGCAUCACCUACUUAGCAUAAAUGGAGUACAAGUGCCCUGAGUCGCCAGUAGCUGUCCGAUCUUUUUCCCAGUAGAAGCUCACUAGUUUGCACAAGUCCUGGUGAAAGUCACUGAAUUGUUCUGAUAGGACAGUAAAGCACGGACUCACUCUGUCUCGGGGGCAAGGAUGAACUGCGAUACCAACUUUGUUCAUGUAUUUAAUCGCACGUAGCCUAGCUUUUAUUUAUGCUGUAUUUAUGCUAGGUCAGUCUUGCGGCAGUGAGGAAGUCGUUUGCUAGGAGACCUCGCUGCAGCUUGCUCUGGACUAUGGGACCUUUGUCACAAAGCUGUCUCUUAUUUAUUGUUUCCCUGGUGCAGUGGGAAGUGGCAGCGUUCUUCCACGUGCUGUUGAAUUGUCCCAUUGUUAGGUUUUUGUCCUCCUCCCUCCUCUCUUGUAGCAGUCUCUGGCUUUAGUGAGCAAGCAUCUGCAGUCAAGCGCCCUUCCCAGUUCUGCUCAAGCUGCUCUGGAGUGACCCAGCAUGCUGCAUGAAGAUGCCUCUUAAAGCACCACCAGCUGCUCCUCUUUUAUAUUUAAAAAAAAAAAAAAAUGCAUAGAAAACAUUUCUAAAGUACAGGGGGAAACACUCAUUCUCUUGGAUCAGUAAAUUAAAGGUUUCUUCCUGUGGAAAGUACAGUGAGCCUCUUGGCUUUCCUUGAUGAGCAGCUCCUUUUCACCUGAAUGGCUGCACCUACCUGGCAGCCUCUCUCUUGUGCCAUGAGCUUCAUUGUCAUGAUCUUCCCCUACUUAACCUUUUGCUCCUGCUAGUUUAUCACCAAGCCACAGCAUUGAAUUCUCCAAUCUGAUGAUACUUGCAUUGCUUUAGGGCUCGUCCAGGCUCACGUGAG